AUGACCGCCCGGCCCCUCCUGCCGCGCCGAACCAUCGCUCGCGGCCGCCAACCCUUUUCCAUCCUGCAAGGCCUGCGCGCCGUCGCCCGCUCCUUCGAGCCGCACCCCUUCCAGCGCCUGCCCGUGGCCACGAACCCGGCCCCGGCCGACUGGGGCAAGCUGGUCCGCCGCUCUUUGGGCCAAGCUGCUGUGUACCUUCCCGUUGGCCUGACCCUGUUGGGGUGGCCUUAUGCGGCCAAGUGUAUACUGGAUGGGCACGUGUAG